ACUUUCUCAGUUUAGAUCGCCUUUGGAAAGGCAGGAUUUAUUCUGGAGAAGGGUUUUGCUGAAAAUCUGGGAAAUCUGUCUUAUUGGAGACAUCCCACCAUGCCAUGCACACAGCAGCAGCUUCUAGCACUGUUGGGAUAUCUGCUAAUUUGGGACUUUGUGGGAGUUUUUGGAAGCUACCGCAGAAGUGCUUCCAGAUGCACUUCCAUUCCAAGGAACAUGGCUUUGUGUUAUGACAUUGGGUACACAGAGAUGAGACUCCCUAACCUGCUGGACCAUGAGACCAUGACUGAAGCAAUCCAGCAGUCCAGCAGCUGGCUACCCUUACUAGCCAGAGAGUGCCAUCCGGACGCCAGGAUCUUCCUCUGCUCCCUCUUUGCCCCAAUUUGCCUGGACAGGGUCAUCUCUCCCUGCCGCAGCCUGUGUGAAGCAGUCAGGGGCAGUUGCGCUCCGGUCAUGGCUUGCUAUGGCUAUCCUUGGCCUGAAAUCCUGAAUUGCAAUAAAUUUCCUGAAGACCACGAGCUGUGCAUCGCCUCUAUCACAGAUGAAAGCACCUCAAGCAGGAGAAUGCCCCGGGCCAGCUGCAGAGACUGUGAACUAGAAGAACCCAGCUCUCCAAAGGAAAUUCUGGAAAACUUUUGCACCAGUGAUUUUGCUGUGAAGAUUAGGAUUUCUAGGAGGAACAAGACCUCUGCCAUUGCUGACUUUGACCUUGAUUCAAAACUAGAAGUUCUGAAGCACGGCCCUCUCCUCAAGACUGAAGCUCACCCAAAACUCCAGCAGUGGUUGGACCUAGAUGCUACCUGUGUACACAACAUUAUGAGAGGCACAAACACGGGGGUAUAUGUAAUCAGUGGUGAUAUGCAGAGUGGCAAAAUUGUGGUGCACAAAGCCUAUGCCUGGCACAAGAAGAACCGAAAUUUACAGACUGCUGCGCGGCGGUGGAAACAUUACAAGUGUCGGGUCUGAACUGCUUUUAGCCCCUGGUGUAAAAUCUCAUUUCAAUGAUAGAAAUUAUGUCCUGACAUUUAUCUAGAAGGAUU